AUGGCGACAAAGGUACAGGGAAAAGAUGGCAAGGCCCCAGCAGGCGCAGCAGUGAACCUGAUAGCAGGCGGCGGAGCAGGCAUGAUGGAGGCCAUGAUAUGUCACCCCUUAGACACAAUCAAGGUUCGCAUGCAGCUCUCCCGCCGAGGCCGCGCCCCAGGUUCCCCGAAGCGUGGCUUCCUAGCUACAGGCGCCCAGAUCGUGAAAAGGGAAACGCCCCUGGGUCUAUACAAGGGCCUCGGUGCCGUUCUCACAGGCAUCGUCCCCAAGAUGGCUAUCCGCUUCACCUCUUUCGAGGCAUACAAACAAGCCCUCGCAGAUAAGGAAACAGGCACUAUCACGGGCCGCGGGACGUUUCUCGCGGGUCUUGCCGCAGGCGUCACCGAGGCCGUUGCUGUCGUCACGCCGAUGGAGGUCAUCAAGAUCCGCCUGCAGGCCCAGCACCACUCUCUCGCCGACCCUCUCGACGUGCCCAAGUACCGUAAUGCCGCACAUGCGCUGUACACUGUCGUCAGAGAGGAGGGUGCGGGCGCCCUGUACCGUGGCGUGAGCCUGACUGCGCUACGGCAGGGCAGCAACCAGGCCGUCAACUUCACCGCCUACACCUAUUUUAAGGAGGCACUGAUGCGCUGGCAGCCGCAGUAUGAGGGCGGUACCCUGCCUGGAUGGCAAACCACCCUCAUAGGCCUUGUCAGUGGCGCCAUGGGCCCUCUGAGUAAUGCCCCUGUCGAUACCAUCAAGACGAGACUUCAGAAGACGCCCGCUGAGCCUGGCGUGAGCGCGCUGAAGAGAAUUACUGCGAUCGCGGGAGAGAUGUUCAGACAAGAAGGUAUGCAUGCAUUCUAUAAAGGCAUAACACCACGGAUCAUGAGGGUCGCCCCUGGCCAGGCUGUCACCUUCACCGUGUACGAGUUUCUCAAGGACAAGAUAGAAAGGAGCUCGUGGACAUCUUCAGGCGGAGAGUACGAGGAGUAG